CAACAUCAACACGCUCAACGCUCAACGUUCAAUCUUCCCACGAGCAGCAGCUUCAGCAACCAAAUCAUCAGAAAUGGGUCGGUGUCGUGUUGACAAGCAAUCAUCCACAACAGGAAACUCCAAGCUGAGCAAAAGCAUACUGCGAUGAGGCGCAUGCUGGGAUGGGGCGGAGCAAGUAAUUAUCUAGGGGCCGAAUAGACAACAUAGCCCGUGAGAUCUAUUUAAGUUAUUUAUUUCAGCCGCGCUUACUUACUUGCAGAUAAACUCCACCUGGGGCUAUAUCGAUCCUCCGCCCCUGGCCUGAGACCGGAGUUUCUUGCGGAGGAAAGUAAGUCAGGCCAGGAUGUACCGGUCGUUGUAUAAAGGCGCUCGCAGACCUGCAGUGUCAGUCUCGAUCAGUUCUAUCCAUCAUUCCAAAUCAUUCCAACAUGUUGUCUACCUUUCUCUUCGUCGCCGGGGCCCUGGCUGCCUGUGUCCCCUCUCAGCAAUUCGACCAGUCGGCAUAUGCUGCAGAGGACGUCGUCGAGCGGGACUUUGCCAUCAUCGGCGGAGGAGCAGCAGGUACCUAUGCAGCAAUCAGUCUCGCCGACCAGAACAAGACCGUCACUGUGGUUGAAGUGACGGACCGACUUGGUGGAAACACCCGGACGUUCCGCGACGAGGCCACGGGGACCAGCAUCGACAUUGGCGUGCAGCUCCACCAAGAUAUCCCUCUCGUCCGUGACUUUUUCGAGCGAUUAAACUCGCCUCUGGCGCCUUUUCAGCCCUCAGAUUUCGGAAAGCCCAAGUACUACGACUUUUUAAACAAAGUGGCCCUUGCAAACCACACCAAGCCGAAUGUCGGGCCGGACUAUGUGGCCGUGCUCGACAAAUAUCCUUUCCUCGACGACCUCAAUAACCUGCCGGACGAUGUGCCUGAAGAGCUGCUUCUGACCUGGCCGGAGUUCGCCAAGAAGCAGAAUCUCUCCUCUGCAUCAGCCGCGGCGGGUCUGUUAUGGCCAGCGACCCCUGGCAACCCCCUGGAUGCCACCGCGCUGGCUAUCUUCAACGACGGCAAUCACAUUGAGGUGGAGGAAUACACCGGGGCAGCCGUUCGCAGUGCCACUCACUACAACUCCCAGAUUUACGACAACGCCCUGGCCGAGUUGAAGGAGCAUGUCCUGCUGGAAUCCUCCAUCGUUGCAGCGCAGCGUGGAUCUUCCCGCAGGGACGGCGUACGACUCGUGGCCCAAACUCCGUCUGGCAGGAAGCUCAUCAAAGCCAAGCAGCUCAUCCUUGCUAUGCCGCCGGUCCUGGACAACACCCAGUACUUUGGUCUCGACCAGCAGGAACAUUCAAUCCUGAGCAAGCUCUCUGGCAAGCACUACUACGCGGGCGUUGUGAACAAUACCGGGCUUGAGGCGGGAGUUGCGUACACAAACGUCGGCAAAAACACACCGUACCACGUCGCCAGCCUUCCUGGAGUGGUAGAGAUUGCUGGUGCAUCUUCUCCUGGGUACUUUUUCUACUGGUACAACUCGGUCGACCCUCAGACCCAGGAGCAAAUUGAGCAGGCCACUCGAAGCACCAUCCACUGGCUGCAGCAAGAGACCGGUGCCGAGCCCGCGGAGCCAACGUUCCAAGACUUUGUGGACUACUCGCCGUUCCAUCUGAGUCCUCCGACGAGCGACAUCGCGGACGGCUGGUAUGGCAAGAUGAAGGGCCUCCAGGGCCACAGGAACACUUGGUAUAUCAGCUCGCUGUUUGUUGUUGGCUCGACUCAAAUCUGGAACAACACCCGCAACAUGCUUCCGGAGAUUAUCGAUGCUGCUCGGUGAUGUCCUACUUGUUUAACCUUUAGAUCAUACCUGCCUUGAUAUAUUAAUUCAAUAACACUAUUUAUCAUUGUAUUCACUUCACUGUACACUUCUCAUAGCUUAGUCAUCACUGAGUCAGCGUUGUCUUUGUCCAUCAACA